CGUUUAGAUUAAUGCAUCUCCACUGCGCAGGAUAUAUAAUAUCGAGGAGGCGGGAAGCGCGCGCGCUCGGCGGACCAGUAGCUCCAUCUGCACGCGGAGCGGGAAGCUGCACUCACACUCGGUCUCGCGCUCCAGCAGCACACGCGCGCGAGGAUCUGACUGACAUCGUUGCGCUCUGACUGAAAAUACCAAAGGAAUUCGACUGCAGCCACUGAAAUUUCGUUUUCAUGACUUAAAUUUAAAGUUUGUAAAGUUUAAGUGCGACAUUCGCUCAUAAACGUAUGUUUUAGUGUAUUUUCUACAGAAAUAACGGUUAUUUGUUAUCUGAGGGGAACUGCCGGUGUCCUGACGCACAAACGGACACGCGCGGGCUUAUCAGGAGGUGUCAAGUCCGAGUGUCGUUUAUUCUUAGUUGGAUUUCGCACUUUCUCGAACAGUUUUCGAUAAUAUUAUGGUGGCCAAUGGAAACAUGUGAAGCUAUAUUCCAGGAAUGGAUCUCCAAAGAUGUCCCAUAACUACAGGUUUCAUAUUAAACUGUGGACUCUAUCUUCAUAAGCCUUUUCCCGGUGAAUAAACACUGCCAAAAUGGACACAUGGACGUUCAUGCCCAAUUCCAACCUGUCCCUCCCUGACCGCUUGGUGAACAAUAGUUUCUUCCCAGGGAACGAGUCUGACUUUGGUCUGGAGAUUUACCCUCACAAUACCACUAACCAUGGCUUCGACCAAACAAGUUCAGUAGUCAUCACAUUUGUGUACUUUGUAGUCUGUGCGGUGGGACUCUGUGGGAACACGCUGGUCAUUUAUGUCAUCCUGCGCUACGCCAAGAUGAAGACCGUCACCAACAUCUACAUUCUGAACCUGGCAGUGGCAGAUGUCCUGUGCAUGCUGAGUCUGCCUUUCAUUGCCAUUCAGCUCUUGCUGCUCCACUGGCCCUUUGGAUCCGCGAUCUGCCGUGUUGUCCUAACCCUGGACUCCAUGAACCAGUUCACCAGCAUCUUCUUUCUUACGGUCAUGAGCUUUGAUCGCUACCUGGCCGUGGUGCAUCCGAUCAAAUCCACCAAAUGGCGAAAGCCGCGCAUGGCCAAAACCAUCAGUCUGGCCAUGUGGAGUGUGUCUCUGCUGGUCAACCUACCGAUUAUGAUAUACAGCGGCGUGAACGCCAAAAGGAACGAGGCUCGGACGUGUACCAUGUUGUGGCCGGAGCCCCAGAACACCUACUACACCGCUUUCAUCUUCUACACCUUUUUCUUGGGCUUCUUCUUGCCAUUGAUUGUCAUCUCCAUGUGCUACCUGCUCAUCGUCAUAAAGGUGAAAUCCUCCGGCAUGCGGGUGGGCUCCACCAAAAGAAAGCGCUCCGAGCGCAAAGUCACCCGCAUGGUGUCUAUCGUGGUGGUGGUGUUCGUGCUGUGCUGGUUACCUUUUUACGUAUUCAAUGUGACCUCUGUGACCGGAACCGUGCCCACCACACCUGUGCUGAAGAGCACCUUUGACUUUGUGGUGGUGCUCGGUUACGCCAACAGCUGCGCCAACCCCAUCCUCUACGCCUUCUUGUCGGACAACUUCAAAAAGAGUUUCCAAAACGUCUUGUGUCUGAAAAGAGUAGGUGGCUUGGAUGAGAUCGACCGCAGCGACAGCCGACAGGACAGGACUCGAAUGGUCAACGACGUCAUGACAGAAACGCAAAACGCCGCACUGCUCAAUGGAAACCUUCAGACCAGCAUCUGAAACAGCUGUUACAUGAAAUCUUAAUUUUAAGACUGCCUGUCAGAAACUACAUCUAGGUGUGCUAGGAGAGAUUUAGUAUUUAAGAUCAACAUUAAGUAUCAAACUUUAUCUGGACAUUUUUAGGACAUCCGCAUGUCUUAAAGUGGUCCAUUUGGAGGAGAUCCUUUUGGAGAGCUUGAUCUGAUUGAUCUCAUGUAUUUAAGCGAUGAAUGUCAUUUACUGUAAAUAACUGUAGUUGCUUUGUUUGGUGUUGCUCUCUGAAUUAUGAAGUUAUUGUGUUUGUUAUGUGUGUAUGUUCACUUCAGUGCCAAUAUUGUCUUUAAGAGAUAAUACCGCCAAUUCAAGAUCAUGGCCCUCAUUAGAUAAACAUAAUUUCGCUCUCUCAAGCCUUCUGUGGAAAGACGAGGCCAAGCUUGUUAGAGGCUUCUUAUUAUUCAAGGCUUUUUGUUAUGAUGAAUGCAAGAUGAGUGAGUGAUGUUGUUAUCCAGACUGAAUAUAAAAAGGUCUCCAAAAUCUAACAAAAUAUGAUAAUUUCUGUGGCCUAUUUAUUUGUUGUAUAUUUAGUGAAUUAUGCUUGUAAUAUCUUACCAAAACCUGAUGGUUGCCAUCUUGUUUACAUUUACAAAAUCUUCCCCUCAUCACAUUUCGCCUCUGGUUCCCAGUAGAGUUUUAUUUUGGUAGUGGAAGUGUACAUAAUGUUCAGUGGAGAGGGGGAGGAGAAAGAUGAGCUCUGUUACAAAACUUAGUAAGCUGCCUACCUAAUCAACAUUUUCAGGCAUCAUAUGCUGGUCCAAAAGGUGUAGGCAGCAACAUUAUAUUGCCUUUUAAGAUACCUCCUUUUGGCAGCAUUUAUAGUGCAUCAUAUGUAUCCAUCAUGAAAAAGGCACUGAAAAAGCAUCCAACAUAGUUAAGUCUAAUUAAAAUCGACUAGUUUUGCAUACUUUUGGCCCUGUUUACACUUGGCAUUAAGAUGCGUUUUGGUCAAUCAGAUGGUGGACGAUGCUAAAUACCGGUGUAAAUGGGGUGUAAAAAGUUUUGAGCUUGUCUACUUUCGACCACUUCCAGAGGUAGUCGGAAACGCAUUUAGCCGGAUUGCCUUCAUAGUGUAUACAGUCAUGUGGUCGAAUGUGAUCGAACAGUGCAAUAUACCGCCUACUCUUCGCCUACUGAACUAUGGGAAGCAUGCUAGUCAGACUGUAUUUAAACUUUGUCGGCCUAAGUUUGGUUUGAAGGUGAAAAAUGUACCAAGCACAGUGUUCUCUCACCAUUCCUGAUUUCUAACACACACACAGACCUUCAUAUUCGUCAUCUCCGUGCGCGUUCAUAUGUAAAUUGCACAAGCUUAUUUUGUCCAUUAGAUAGAUAGAGAAAGACGGUUUACUCUGAUAGUUAUGAAUGGGAGAAACUGCAACGCUCAAUAUGGCGGAAUAAGUUCCGCCUUCUAAGUAAAAGAGCCAAUCGCUGAUUGAUCAAGUCAUGGCUGCCCUUAGAAACUCUACCUGAGACUCACGCUUAGGACUGCUCAUGCGCAUUGGCUCAUCUAGCCUGAAAAAUAAGCUUUUUAAACACUAUUUAAGCUAUUUUAAUAUGUUAUUUAAUUGUGAGUUGGCCAAGCAGUUUUGGAGAUUUCAGGAACCCCACCAUUCAAAUAGAUAGGAAUUGAAAUAGCUGCCCGGAGCCGUUGCAAAUAUGGUGGCCGAGUGAACAGAUAUUCCUUGAAAGGGACUUUGAUUAGAAAGAUUUGAAAAAAAAAAAAACAUACAUUUACACCCCCAUACAUCGUGUCCUAACCAAACGCGAUGCGAUAAGAUUCCAGCAACAAUUUGUCUGUCCACACCAGACUCGACGCGACUAUGAGACAUGAUAAAGUCAAUCAAAAAUCACAGCCAAUCAAAAGAACGCAUGGGUGGGCUCCCAACAAAUUUAUGAAUAUUACUCCAUUUUAACAUAAUUAAAAAUACAUACUGAGUUACUGAAACAAUCUUUGUCAUAUAAUACACUUGUCUGUUUACAAUGAGUGGACAGUUUGAACGUUCUCGUUUCCUUUUAUUUAUUUCGAAGAUCUUCGGUAAAUCGUCCAUUGUUGCUUUCAGUACGGCUAUAAAAGACACACUAAAUUAUAUUCAAACUCACAUUAGACACUUUUAACAUUAAAUACCUGAUAUUAUCAUUGCCAUACUUUGUGGUGUUGUUCCAGCCGCGACGUCACAGAAAAAUAGAAACCGUUUCUAAAAUAGAUUCAUCGCGUUUCACUGUCGCGGCUAGCUAGGACAAAAACUUUGGCCAUGUUCACACAGUCAGUUUUUGGGAUUGACAACCGCAUUUACUUAACAGGUGUGAGCCUCGAAAUGUCUCGUUCACACAGCGCGAAUAUUCCGAGAAUGCGGUUGUGAGUCCUGAAAAUUUACGGGUGUGAGUUCAGUUAUAGAAUGCGGUUGUCACUCCCAUAAAUAACCAUACUGCGUGUGAACGUAACCAUAUUAAGGACUCAAAUAAAGGACUGACAACUGUAUUCUGCUGCUGUGUGAACGUGGACUUUGAUUAGCAUGUAAAACAUCGCGUGUCAUGGCGUCGCGUCAUGUCUGGAUGGACUCUUCCCUAGAAGAAAUCAGGACAGAAGUGGUUGAAAGUGGACAAAAGAGAGGAUUAAAACACCAGGUGUAAACGGGUAUGUGCCUCCCUCGUCCACUUGUGAUCCGAUCGUCCAAAAUGCAUCCUAAUACCAGGUGUAAACAGAGCCUUUAUGUGUUGUGUUUUUAUGCUUAGAAUAUUGUUGCCAAAUUGUGAGUUAUGGCUUUAGACGCUCACUAGGUUUUGAAAUAGCUAGACCUUUUGUAAUUAUUAUCUGACCUGGAGAAAUUUUAUUUAGAACUUUUUCUAAUUCAUUGAAUUAUGAAGUGUCACGGCCGGCUCAGUGCCGCGACAAAUGAGGGAGGCAACGAGAACAACAGUGAAUCAAAGAAUAUUUAUUAACAAAAUUAAACUUACAAAAUCAUAAUAAUUAACAUUGAAAGUAAUGCUAAGGGCAGCAAACAAGUAAUGAAAGUAAUAAACAAACAUACCAAACAGGCCGGCCAAACCUAAGAACCCCAAACUAAACUAAAACAUAAAACAAACGUAUAAUCACAGCGAAACAACCCAGAACUAACGAAAACAGAGAGUAACAGAAAAACGGCUAAAUCAGAGGACCAAAAACUCUUAUAUCUUACUCUGCAGGCGUUUCAGAUAAUGAGUACCUCAUAAGUCCUGCCCCACAAGCAAAACACCCCCCCUUAAAAUAAACCCCCUUACAAUCAUCCCGGACGAGCCCCCAUAUUUGUCACGGCCGGCUCAGUGCCGCGACAAAUGAGGGAGGCAACGAGAACAACAAUAAGUAACCAAAGUAACCAAAUAGCCAUUGGUUGUACUAAACUAACAUUCAUCAGCUGACAAAUGAGAUGCAAAUCAAUCCUUCUCAUUCCAGCUGUUAUACAAACAACCUUUUGCUCAGUCAAACCAAUGAAGGUCAAGGGGGCAGUGAGACAGACAAUGAUGACGGAGUUCAUUCAACAGUACAUUAUUCAUUAAAGUAUUCAAACAAGUGCACAGUCGUGCAAUUCCUCUUGCCAAUGUUGAAUAUACCUCAUUAUAAAACAUAAGAUGUUCAGCCUUUAUCCAUCAUUGUGAUGAAUGCACCCCGUCACACUAAUGUGGAAGCAUCAACAUGGACUGUUCAAUAGUGACGAUGAAUCGCAUCAUAACAGCUGCUUUACAUUUGUAUCGCUCGGAGGACAUGAAAAACAAUUAAUUAUAAAACGAUGCUACAAGUGCCUUAAAGUAAUCACUCAAAAAGACACACAGUAUGAGAGAAGCGUAAACCGUGUGCUUUCAUUCAUUCAUUCAUUCAUUCAUAGAGCUUUAACAAUAAACCCUCCACCUUAAUGUACAAUCAAUUCAUCUACUAUUAUACACUUGUAAAUAAAAGACUAAUUUUAAACCCCUAAGAGCUGUAUAAUGUGUAAAUAUUGAGCUGGCAUCGACAGAACAUAUUCAGCUCUCACCCAUUUGAGGGGUUUAGAACAUUUUAACAUUUGCGAAGGGCUAAAACAGUUCAGACUGAACUUAGUCUGUCCGACUUCUGAAUCAGAUCUGCAAGUGCAUGACGCAAGGUGAAUGAGUGCAUGUUUGGAAGAAUACACAGUAUUUUCUAGGAUCAAAAACAAACAUUUUGAAACCUGAGGAAGUAUUGAUGACAGCAAAGAGGUUAUCGCAGUAUUCGUCCAGUACUUUGAGUUCAGUUCAAUGUGCCUUUGACUGUCAGGCAGCAUAGGAAGUGUGUCAGUGCGUAGUGCUUUAGUGUUUUAUCUUAUGUCAAGUUGUCUAUAGUUCUCUCUCUCUGAUGGUGUGGGCACAAUAUAGCAUUCCCUUUAUAUUAAUAACACAUUUCAAAGAUGUCCUUCACUCUUCGUCAUACCAUACAGCUGUGUAAUCAAGCCUUGAAGAAUGACUCACCGCUCAUAUUCUUGAAUAGUUGCUUAAAAUGAAGGUUGUGUUUUGUAUGCUGCUUUUCUCCUGCCGUGUAUGUGUGUGUCCGGGAUCAUUUUAAGGACGCAGCUAAACGUCAUGCUGUGUCUGUCAUUCCCCUGGUUGCUAAUCUCCCACAGCUCAAUUUUUGCCCAUUUAUUUAUUUUAUAUAUCCAAUUUAUUACAAUCCACCCAAGCGGAAUAAUCCUCAGGUCUAAUUAAAUGAUUCUUCAAACACUAAUACUGUCAGGUUAUUUGUGGAGAAAGCACAAUUGUGUUUUAAUUAAAUUUUAGAGGCACAGCAGGCUUUCUUUAAGUAGAGAACAUUUUUUUUUUAAAUAUUUAAUGGUCUUGUUUAUUAACAUUAGUUAAUGCAUAGACAUAAACUAACAAUGAGCAGUUUGUUUAUUAAUAUUGGUUAGUUCAUAGAAAUAGAAUGAUAUUGUUUGUUUGUGUUAGUUCACAGUGCAUAAACUAAUGUUAAGUUGACAUAAGAUUAAUAAAGGCUGUAGAACUAUUGUUCAUCCUUAGUUAACUAAUGUUAACAAAUGAAACCAUAUUGUGUACCUUUUAAAACUUCAUCCAAAAUGCAAAAUAAUGCAUAUUACCAACUUGUAAUAUUAUGUUAUUUGUGAGGUGCAAAUAAGUCAUAUUAUAAUUAAUAACAUAAAGUUGUAUGUAUGCAUUUGUGUUUAAAUGUGUCUGGAAAUGAUCAAUUAAAAGAAUCCCCAUAUAUCAGUGAACAAACAUAUUACAGAGAAAUCAAUCUUAUGUUUAAUCUUGUGCAUUCUGAGUCAAAUUUAACCUUUAACAAAACUGACUAAAUACUGUAAUGACACAUGAUAAAAUCUUGAUGUAUAAAGAUGAUUCUUCCCCCUUUUUCCCCUUCUUUUCUUUUUUGCAAAAUGUCUCCCUCUGUUGUCCAGUUUGGGGUUUGAUUUAUAUUUUAAAAACCGAGGACGUGUGUUGGGUGGCUUUAUAUCUUUUGGCUUGUAUAUGGAUUAAGCAUCAUGUUCAUGACCUGUAAUUAUUGACAAUUGUGGAGAAAUGUGUGAUCAAGUAUCCCCUUUUUCAGUGUUGUUAUUGACAAGUGCAUUACAUUCAUUUACCAAACAAAUAAAGACUAAUGUGUCAACACUGCUCAA